CUCGGUCAUAGCACCGCGGAGCAGUUGCAGAGGGAGAGCGAGGAGAGAGGCGCAGAGCGGCAGGACAGAGGGUGCGCGGCUCUGCUCUGCCCGGCGUGCGAGACCCAGCGCAGUGCAGGCUCUCCCCCAGGAAGGAGGGAGAGGGACAGCACAGAUCCGCACAGGAGGGACGAGAGCAGAUUUAGGAGGAGCGGCUCUCCUUGUGAACCGGGAUUUGCUAGCAGUUUGGUCUCCCCCCCGCUUCUUCUUCCUAUCCGCUCCUUAAUUUAUUUUUCUCUCCCUCCCUCCCUGCCGGCACAGCUCGGAUUGUUCCUCUCUCCCUCUCUCCUUUAUUUUUGUUUUGUUUUUUGAUUCCUUUUGCAAACGGUGGCCAGAGCAAGGGGAGCAAGGAGGGCGAGCCAGGCAGCCCCCUCUCCCCACUUCCAGGCACCCGAGGCUGGGAUCAACCCCCCCCCGCUCCUCUCCCCGUGUUGGACCCCGGCCCCUGCCAAGGGACAGAGCAGGCCGGGCCGGCAGGCAGCCCGCCCGAAGCUGGGAUCAUGCAUUGAAACUUUCGGGCAAACUUUGGUGGUGUGCGGGGCGUGCGGCGCCCGGAUCGCUGGAGGCGGCGGCGGGCGUGUGCGUGGCCGUGUCCGUGUCUGUGUCCGGGGGGCGGCGGCGGCGCAGCGGAGCCGGUGCCAAGGGGGGCAGAGCCGCGGGAGCGGAGCGCAUGGAGAGCUGAGCCCGGAGCCUGGGAGCGUCUCGCGGAGCCGGAGGAGGCACAGCGCGCCCAGCGCAGCUCAGCGCAGCGCAGCGGGGAAGGCGGCGCCCGGCCAGGAGCCCCCCGCCGCCCCGCGCCAGGAACCAUGAACUUUCUGCUCGCUUGGAUCCACUGGGGGCUGCCGGCGCUGCUCUAUCUGCACCACGCGGAGUUGUCGCAGGCAGCUCCGACCCUGGGGGAUGGGGAGAGGAAACCCAAUGAAGUUAUCAAGUUCUUGGACGUUUAUGAGCGCAGCUACUGCAGGACAAUCGAGACCCUGGUGGACAUAUUUCAGGAGUACCCAGAUGAGGUGGAGUACAUCUUCAAGCCAUCCUGUGUACCCUUGAUGAGGUGUGCGGGCUGCUGCGGUGAUGAGGGUCUAGAGUGUGUCCCCGGAGAAGUGCACAACGUCACCAUGGAGAUCAUGAGAAUUAAACCCCAUCAGAGUCAACACAUAGCAUACAUGAGCUUCUUACAGCACAGUAAAUGUGAAUGCAGACCAAAGAAAGAUGUCAAAGCUAAGCAAGAAAAAAAAUCAAAGCGAGGAAAGGGGAAGGGUCAAAAGAGAAAGCGCAAGAAAGGCCGGUACAAACCACACAGCUUUCACUGUGAGCCUUGCUCAGAGAGGAGAAAGCACUUGUUUGUACAAGAUCCCCAGACCUGUAAAUGUUCCUGCAAAAACACAGAUUCACGUUGCAAAUCGAGGCAGCUUGAGUUAAACGAGCGCACUUGCAGAUGUGACAAGCCGAGACGGUGAGCAGCGGAGAAGAAGGGGGAACAGCCCUGUUUUUGGAGCCUGAUUUCUCACCUGGACAGGAAAAAAAACACUAAUCCAAAUGAACCUUAAAAUGAAGGAUCGGUAGAGCACAGCACUUUCAGUACGGACGAUGGACUCUGGAAGGAACAUUCCCCAAGGCACCCGCCGCACAGAAUACACCUUUUGGUUUUGAACUGUUGUUUUUUGUUUUCUUUUCAUGCUGCUAAAUAAUGGAGCCAGGAAGACUAUAGGGUGUAUUUUAUGGGAUUCCCAUACAUACAUAUAUAUGUGUGUGUAUAUGUGUGUGUGUGUGUAUGUAUGUGUGUGUACAUAUAUACACACAUACACAUAUACACACACAUAUAUAUGUGUGUGUAUGUAUGUGUGUGUGUGUAUAUGUGUUUAUUUUUAACCACAUAUACAUAUAUAUAGAGAGCGAAAAUGUGCGUGUGUGUAUAUGUGUGUGUGUGUAUGUGUGUGUAUACAUACAUACACACACACACUGAUUUUUUUUAACAUUACUAAUGUUAUUGGUGUCUUCACUGGAUAUAUUCGACUGCUGUGGACACAAGCGGGCUACUUGGGGCAUAAGAAACAAGCUAAGACUGGACUUUGGCAGAAGCGCUGAGUGUAAUCUUCUUAACCCUUACUGACUUGUGCGGCUUCUGCUGUUUCUCUGUAAAGCGUGCUGUUCCACAAACCACAUUCUCCUCACCUUGGAAGGGGAGAAGAAUUAACAGAGAGGAGGGGCAGGGGAUUCUAAAGAGCAGAGCCUCAAGGUGUUAUGGUCAAAGAUCACGGAAAUGGCUCAGGAUGCUGGGCCGGCUGCAUGAUUGAGGAUUCCUUUUCCCCGCCUUCCCACAACCUUCACCCUGACUCAUCUCAUGACCUGUCUGCCUUGCUUGCACAUGGGACAUCAGUGUAUGUUUUGUGUUGGUAUCACUCACUGUAGAAACUCUGCCAGGGGUACAGUCUGGCCUUAAAGGAUGGUGAGCAGCUGAUACACAAACCUUUAUGCUCAAGGAAGUAUCACAGGAGUCUACAUUUUCCGCUGUUGGUGGCUGCAAAAAGGACACAUGGCCUACAGUGUGCUGAAGCAAGAAUGGGGACCGGUGUAUAGCCACGCCUUUGUUCAGCACUGUCUGCUCUCUUCAUGCACAGAGCUGCCACUGAAGAGCAUCCAAGAUGCUUAUGGAACGUUUCUGGAAAGGGAUAUUAAUCAAAAGUAUAUAUACAGUAGGGUUGCGUGUAUGUGUGUCAUGAAUGUGUGCGCAUGUGUGCGUGUGUGUGUGUAUAAUUAUAUUAUUUUAAAUAUAUGUGGCUAAGACUUUCAAAAAAAUUGCUUGGGAUUUUGUCUGCCUUAUUUUUCAGGUGCCCAAGCUGUUUCCUCCCUAAAGAGGCCUGAUUCUUCACAAAGUGCUGGACAGCUGCCCUCUUAAUGACAGGUGUCUCUGAAGUGUGUUGGGCACUCAAAGCUGAGUCACGCAAAAUCUCAAGUCACUGCUGAAAGUCUGGGCUGUGUGUAUGUGUGUGUAUAUCAGUAAUACGUGAUGGUGUGUAUAUAUAUAUACACACACAUACCCCCAUGCCCACACACAAAAAUGUGUGUUUGUAUGUCUAUGUGGAUAUAUAAUCUAGUUCUGUGAUUUAAAAAUGCAGUCACCCAAAAGGUACUAGGUCUGUGUCAGAAUGCUGCCAAAUGUCAUCUGCAAUUGAACUUUCAACGCCUGAUAAUGUACCAAAUGGGAAGCUUCCAAAAGACAAGGCAGUCUAAAAACAGACUCACAACAAGUGACUACUAACCACUAGGAAUUCCCCAUGAAGCUGAUGGCUUUCAGAGAGAGAGAAACAUGCCGGCGUCUGCCUGCCUCCAACACGUAUAUAUGUUCCUGCUGCAUCAUGUGCAAGACAGAGACUUCCAAGGGGGGAAGAGAAAGUGUUUUAUAUACUUAUUUAAUAUCCCUUUUAAAAUUAGAAAUUAAACAGAUAAUUUAAUUAAAGAGUAGGGAUUUUUCAGUAUUCUUUGUUAAUAUUUAAUUUCAACUAUUUAUAAGUCAUACCUCUUUUUUUUUUUUUUAUUUGUACUGGUUGUGUAUAAAUUUAACUCCUAUGGUCCCAUCCCAUAUCUCCCCAAUUGUUGGCAGAGUCAGUAGCAUGUUAUAGGCAGUUAUUUAAUUAAUUUCUCUAACACAUCCCCCUACACAUUCCUAUUGUGACAAGGGUUAGAUAUACAUCUACAUACUAUAUAUAUAUAUAUUUGGCUAUGCGUGUGUGUAUAUAUGUAUAUGUAUAUGUGUAUAUAUAUAUAUAUAUAUAUAUAUAUACACAUAUAUGUUUAUGUAUAUGUGUGAUUCGGAUUAAAUAGACACUACAAAUUUUUAUAUAUGUAAAAAACCCCAGGAAAAAUAGAAAAUUUUACAUCUUGAAUCUCUCUCCUUUUUAAUUUUAAUAUUUGUUAUCAUUUUAUUUAUUGGUGCUACUGUUUAUCUGUAAUAAUUGCGGGGAAAAAAGAUAUUAACACUACAUAUUGUGUCUAGUGAAUUUUUUCAAGAUAUUCCAUAGUACAUAUUUAUUUUUAAACAAAGAAUUUACAGAUAUAUCUUAAAAACGACAACGGCAACAAACAAACCUUUUUUGUAUUAAAGAAUUUAAUUCUGACCUUGA